AUGUCGAAACUCGCAGUGCUCGCCCCGCUCGAUUACAAGCACUUUAUCCAACCUAGGCCCAUUAUAGACGAAUGUCCGCCAGACCUCAACUGGCCAGAAGAUCUCUUCCCCGAUCUUCCUCCUCUGCUCCACGGUCACCCCGACAUCCACCUCCGCAAUGGCAUACUCGAAGCUGACCAAAAUCCACACCCAGACGCGGAACGCGCUUUCUUUGUUGCCGACCUCAGUCAGGUCUACAAGCAGCAUCUCCGCUGGCGCAAAUGUUUGCCCGAGAUACAGCCAUUCUAUGCUGUAAAAUGUAAUCCAGACCCAUAUAUCCUGCGACUCUUAGCCGCACUCGGUACCGGAUUCGACUGCGCCUCCAACGGGGAAAUCUCUCAAGUGCUCUCUAUUGGGGGCAUCGAUCCAGCUCGCAUCAUUUUCGCGAACCCUUGCAAAGCGGUGUCGUUUAUCCGCAAUGCUGCAAAAAUGGAUGUUCACAUGAUGACCUUUGAUAAUGCUGACGAACUCUAUAAAAUCGCCCGGGCUCAUCCUGGCGCCAAACUCGUCGUCCGUAUUCUUACCGACGACUCCAAGGCUCUUUGUCAACUCGGCAUCAAGUUCGGAGCUCCCCUCGCUGCGGUCCCUGCUCUGUUGGCCAAGGCCAAAGAGCUCAAUCUUGAUGUCAUUGGCGUCAGCUUCCAUGUUGGGAGUGGCAACUAUGACCCUUCUGUCUACACUGAUGCCAUUUCGCGGGCCCGUUCUGCCUUUGACAUGGGUGAAGACAUUGGCUAUCAUUUCUCCCUUCUUGAUGUCGGUGGUGGCUUCGAGGACGCGUUAUUUGAGCAAGCCUCUUCUUACCUCACCGACGCCAUCGAAAGCUACUUCCCGGAUCGGUCUGGUUUACGGAUUAUAGCAGAGCCAGGCCGAUUCUACGUGUCCACGGCUUUCAGCAUCGCGACAAACAUCAUCGCUAGGCGUGCCCCGCUUGGUGAUGAGGCUGCUGUCGCGGCUCCGUCAGAGCAGCCAACGGUCAUGUAUUACAUAAACGACGGGGUUUAUGGUGCUUUCAACUGCAUUCUUUUCGACCACCAAGUUGUUCACCCCUACGUGCUCUCUAUGGGCAAGAGCUUCCACGUCGCUGCCAACGAGCCUGUUCAAACCAGCAGCGUCUGGGGCCCAACCUGCGACUCGAUUGACUGUGUUUGCCGCACUGUCUCUCUCCCAGUUGGCCUGCGUGUCGGAGACUGGCUUGGUUUCGCCAAUAUGGGGGCAUAUACGGUCUGUGCUGCGAGCCAGUUCAACGGUUUCCAGGUUAGUAAGGUAGUCUAUACGGCGGGGGUUUUCCGGUCAGGCGAGGUUAGAGGAUUGCUCGCGCAGUUUGCUUCUGAAGUAGAGAAAGACAAUGUAUAG